UCGGUGAGUGCAUCGUUUCGUUGGCAUUGAAGGAAACGCUAGAAUACUGUACUCGUAGUUUAAAGUGAAUUCGAUGUUUCGAUGAGCAAAAGAACUCCUUCUUUAGUUAGCCAGCAUUGUGCAUUAAAAUCGAUUGCAAAUGUGUAAACAGCAAAGAAAAUGCCGCCAGCAAGCACGUGGAAGACGAUAUUUGUGACCGGAGGUGCCGGCUACAUUGGCAGUCACUGCAUCAUCGAGCUCCUCGAAAGCGGCUACGACGUCGUUGCGAUCGACAAUUUCGCCAACAGCGUGACCGAAGGCAAGGGCGAGUCGGCAGCUUUGAAACGGGUCGAGGAAAUCACGGGCAAAACAGUCGAGUUUUACAAUUGCGACCUCCUCGACAAGGACAAGCUCGAAAUAAUUUUCAACAAGCGCAAAGUGGACUGCGUCAUUCAUUUCGCUGCCAUCAAGGCCGUCGGGGAGUCCAUGCAAGUUCCUCUUCAUUACUACAAAAACAAUAUCAUUGGUGCUAUUAAUUUACUGGAGGUAAUGAAAGCAGGUGGGUGCUUUCAGUUGGUGUUUAGUAGUUCUUGCACAGUCUACGGAGAGCCAGACGAACUACCAAUCACAGAGAGUCAUCCUACCGGCAACAUAACAAAUGUCUACGGCAGGACGAAAUAUUUUAUAGAAGAAAUGCUCAAGGAUAUAUCAAGGGCUGAGAAGAACUGGAAUAUUAUUUCGUUGAGGUAUUUUAAUCCGGUUGGUGCUCAUCCUAGCGGCGACAUUGGUGAGGAUCCAACUAAACAAUUUACAAAUUUAAUGCCUUUCAUUGCUCAAGUGGCACUUGGGCUUAAAACAGAAUUGACCAUCUACGGGGGAGAUUAUCCAACAAAAGAUGGCACGGGAAUCAGAGAUUAUAUCCACGUAAUGGACUUGGCGUCAGGACAUGUUGCUGCCUUGAAAGCGCUACAUAAGGAACAUUCUCGGCUAAAGAUAUAUAAUCUUGGCACUGGAUGUGGCGUUUCUGUACUUGAAUUAGUCAAAACAUUUGAAAGGGUUACAGGAACACGUGUUCCUUACGUCAUUAAAGACAGACGGGAAGGUGACAUAGUGUCUAUGUUUGCUAACACUAGUUUGGCAGAACGAGAAUUGGAUUGGAAAGCAAAAUACAGUGUCGAGCAAAUGUGCCGCGACUUUUGGAGGUGGCAAACUAUGAAUCCUACUGGGUAUAGAACAACUUAUAAAAAUGGCAAUUCCACUAAUCAUUAA